CUUUUACUAUGGACGACUUGAUGAGAUGAUAUGAGGUACGAAUGCUUUCACCACCUUAGGUACAUGAGCACUUUACACUGUUUCAAAUGCUUCACUUACCUAUAGGUACGUGCCAAGCAGCUGCUUUGGUCUGUGUAGUGUAAGUUAUGAUCAAGGGCAGACGGGGGGUGAUAUAUCUGGGCACAACCCUAACCCUGUUGGUUUCUUGGUGUUCUUGGCGCCGAUGCAUGAACGUCGACGUCUCAACAUCACGACCAUGGUCGACGGAUGAGCAAACCGAGGCCCCCAUCUUCUUUGACCAUGGCCAUGAAACGUACUUUAUAUGACUCAUAAACACCUUUUGAGUGCAGUAGAACCCAAUACCAACAGAUUUCCGCAUGGCUUCCUCCGCGACCGCAAAAAUGGGCACUUUGCCCGCCAUGAAGCGACAGCAUCUGCUUGCCGAGUUUGCCGGGCUCAAACAAGCCUGCCCACACGGCAUCUAUGUCAGUCUGACGCCGGGCGACCCAACCCUUUGGUCGGGUGUAAUCUUCGUCCGCAAAGGCCCUUACGCAAACGCCAUCCUCCGCUUCCACAUUUCCUUUCCGGACACGUACCCGUCGCUGCCGCCCCUCGUCACCUUCUCGACCGACAUGUUUCACCCGCUCAUCACCCCUCUUACCACCUACAUGUACUCAACCGAUGUGCAGGACGGCGGGACCGUGAGCGCCUCGGACGACGAGCGGCUGCCCCCCGGCGGCUUCAGCCUGCGGCAUGGGUUUCCGGGCUGGUUUGGGCGGGGCUCGAGGGCGGCGCGGGCGCAGGCAGCGACCCAGCACGAAAGUAGGGGGAGGGAGAGCACUGGUCAGGGCUCGGGGGCUGCUGCUACUGGGGGGUAUUUUGCUGUCGAGGGGAGUAAGGUGGUGGUUUCAAGUGGUGGUAGUAGUGGUGAUGUUAAUGGCAGUGCCGCGGCAGUCACGACGCCGCCGAGGAACAAGGGCGCAGUCACGGUCACGGCCACGGCCACGGGAGGGACGACGCCUGCCUCGGCCGCAUCCAGGGGAUCGGCUGCCUCGUCGUCCUCUGCUGGUACGCCGGGGUACGCACAGACCCGCCGCGGCGGGAGAGAGGUGUCAACGUACGAGGUGCUGAGGUACAUCCGGAGUACGUUUGACGAUGAGGAUGUGCUGGAUUCGGUGCCGCUUGAGGCCGCCGGUAACCCUGGCGCCUGGCAUGCGUGGCGCACACACCGCCGGCAGACGGCGGGGAAGGCGUCCUCCGCUUCGGAGGGUGAGGCGGCUGCUGCUGCCAGUGGUGGGAGUCUCACUCCGGCUGCUCCUGGUCAAAGCGCUCCCGUCACGACCAGACGUCCAGAAGAAUGGAACUGGGAGGGGGUUUGGGAGGAGAGGGUAAGAAGGGGCAUUGCGGCCAGCUUGUCAGAGGGUGUACUGUACGGGAAUGCUGGGGCGGCUGAUGAAGUGAUCAACUUCCUCAACAUGGACGAUGCUGAGGUCGAGGGAGCGAAAUCAAAUCUGCUCCGUACGCUUGGCGCAUCGGCUUAGCACGAAGGCCUCUGCAUGGCAGGCUGGUUCUUUCCCGGGUGCAUGACCCUCGGCUAGCUUGGAAGGGAAGGUGGAUUGGUAGGCGCCUCUACAGUACCUGACGCCUUUCAGGGAGUUGGUGGUGUACUCUUCUAGGCUUGGAAUCCAAGUCACUCAUCGUACUCGGCAGCGGUUUCGUAGUGGAGUGGAGACCUUGUCUGCCGUUUCGCGCGUCGGGUGUUAGGUGGCUAAGGUAC